AUGGCGACGCCUGAGUACUUGGAGUUGUAUCCGGAGAGAAAAUUGACGUAUUUCAAGAGUCACUACGUUCUUGGACUCACUUCAGCUGCUGCAAUUAGUGGACUCUUAAUUGGCUACGUCACAGGUGUUGUAUCGGGUAGCCUAGUGUAUAUCAAAGAAGAUUUUGAGGCUGUGAAGAGAAGUAUCUUCCUUCAGGAAACAAUUGUAAGCAUAGCAUUGGUAGGGGCAAUUAUUGGAGCAGCUGCAGCUGGGUGGAUUAACGAUUUUGUUGGACGAAAGAAGGCGAUCCUUAUUGCUGAUGUUGUGUUUAGUCUUGGAUCAAUAGUUAUGGUUGCUGCACCGCACGUGCAUCUUCUCAUACUUGGUCGUAUUCUUGUUGGGAUUGGUAUGGGCGUUGCUUCUGUCAGUGCUCCUAUGUACAUUGCAGAAUCUUCACCAUCGGAAAUAAGGGGUUCAUUAGUGAGCACAAAUGUGCUUAUGAUAGCUGUUGGACAGUUUCUUUCUUACCUCACAAGUCUCGCCUUUGCCCAGGUUCCUGGGACAUGGCGAUGGAUGCUGGGAGUAGCGAGUUUACCUGCUGUUAUUCAGUUUUGUGUCAUGCUUUUUCAGCCUGAGUCUCCAAGGUGGCUUUUCUUCAAGAAUAGAACAAGAGAAGCUGUUUUUGUGCUUGGUAAUAUCUAUGAUCAAGAACGCCAAAGGCAUGAAGUUGAAUGUCUUGGGAAAGAACGUAAGAAGCUGAAGAACAUUAGAUACAGGGAUGUUUUCAGGUCCAAGGAAAUCAAAAUUGCCUUUUUUGUUGGAGCUGGACUUCAGGCUUUUCAGCAGUUCACAGGUCUAAGCAUAGUGAUGUACUACAGCCCUAUGAUCAUUGAAAUGGUUGGGUUUAACUCCAAACAAUUAGCUCUUCUUCUAAGUCUCAUUCUUGCUGGCAUGAAUGUUUGUGGAACAAUUCUGGGCAUUUAUCUAAUCGACCAUGCAGGUCGAAGGCUGUUAGCACUAGUAAGCUUGUCAGGUGCAAUAGUAGCUCUGGCAAUAAUUUCUGCAGGAUCAUACUUUGAAACAUUGGACUCUACAAAUACAGUUUAUGGGUGGAUAGUAGUUAUGGGAUUAGCCUUGUAUACUGUUUUCUUUGCCCUUGGAAUGGGACCAGUGCCAUGGACUGUGAACUCAGAAAUCUACCCUGAAGAAUUUCGUGGUUUGUGUGGGGGCAUGUCAGCUACUGUGAACUGGAUUUGCAGUAUCAUCAUGUUUGAGAGUUUUCUUUCAAUUUCUGAUGGUUUUGGCAUUGGUGUGAGUUUCGGGAUUCUUGGUGUUUUAGCUGGAGUUGCGUUUAUCUUUGUGCUUGUGUAUGUGCCAGAGACAAAUGGAUUGGCAUUUGAAGAAGCGAGAGUGCUAUGGUGGAUUAUAAGAACACAGGGAAACGAUCAAUACACAGAAUGCCUUCUUGAGGGUGGAAAUCAGUCCUGUGCUAAUUUGGAUAUAUGUCAUUGCCAAGACAUUACGACCGUAGAUUCGUAG